UGUAUCUGGAAUCAAAGCACUUAGGCCAUCAACAAUGUAUCUGUUCAUUUUGGACUUGAUGGCAAUUAACCUUUCAUCAGUCAAGUGUAGAUAGUGUGUGAAAGGUGUGCUGACACACGUGGAUUUAUGUGUGCCUGUCUUUCUGUCUUUGUGUGAUGAUCUGUCUGAAACUCCCAGGACAUCUGGUACUGUACUGUACUGUUAGUACAUGUUUCACAUACCCAGAGAAGUUAUCAACACUGUGUCCUCCCUUAGCAGUUUGGGGAUAUUUUGACCUGCCUGUUUAAUGCUUGUUGUCCCUCUUCAGUUAUCUACUUAGGUUCUAUAAUUUGCUUUGGUUAUCCUCUUACCUUGUGUCCAAGUCUUCAUUUGUUUCUUGCUGUUUGUCUAGAUGAACGGUGGACUAUGGAUGUUUACAUUUUAAUUAUUUGAUUGCAUGGUAUGGCCAAAACCUACAAAGAAGGUAAAACUAACCAUCUGAGAAAAUAAGAUUGCACCUCAAGUCCUGUGUUCAGUCCUGGGCCCUUCAUUACGAGCUGAGGUGUGUUCACUACACAUUGAGGUGUUGGAGUGUGUCCAAAGAAGGGCAGUGGAUCUGUGAAAGGUACAGAAGUUAAGUUCUAUGAGGGGUGGCUGAGGGAGCUGGGGUUGUUUAGUCUGGAGAAAAGAAGGCUCAGAGGGGCCCGUAUCAUUCCCACAACUGCCUGAAAGGAAGUUGUAAAGGUGGGGAUCAACCUCUUCUCUCAGGCAACCAGAGACCAGACAAGAGGAAAUGGCCUCAAGCUGUGUCAGGGGAGGUUGAGGGUGGACACUGGGGUGAAUUUGUUCCCAGAAGGGAUUGUUAAGCAUUGGAAAGGGCUGCACCAGGAGGUGGUAGAGUCACUAUCUCUGGAGGUGUUCAAGAAACAACCCUGUGGCACUCAAUGCUGUGGUCUAGUUGACAAGGUGGUGAUCAGUCAAAGGUUGAACUUGAUGAUCUCAGAGGUCUUUUCCAAUGAUUCCAUGAUUCUAUGAUUCUUCAUACAACAUGUUCUUCAAGUUUGUAAUCAGAAGAUGAAAUAAUUGCUGCAAGGAAAGAGAAGGUCUGCAAAACUAAAUAUUUUUGUCACCACAUAUGGAGGUAAAGAGAUGGUCAAAGUAAGAUUGCUAUACUAAUCAAGUUGAAUAUGUUUGAGAAUCCAGCAGUUCUGGAGUGGUGCAGAGAAUUACCUGCACUUGACUAGACAGAUGUGAGAAAAAUUGUCAAUUGAUUUCUGGAUGGUGGCUUGAUAGGAGUAGAAGCAGCAGUUAUACUGUUCUGACCAUAUCAGUGUUUGGAUGAACUUUCAAGAAGAUACUUGUGAGAAUAUUUGUAUUAUGUGAGAAGACUGAUGGAUAAAGAAUAUCUGAGAUGCUUUGAGCCUUUAUGAUAAUUUUGUGAGAUCUGUAAAAUCCAUUUGAAUUAAUAGCAUUUGGCCAGUGUAAUUUCACAGCAUUAUGUGAAAAUUGACUUGGAGAAGAACAAUUUGUGUGGAUCUCAGAACAAAAUUGUUCUUCUGGAAGAUAGCUUUAAUAGUAUCUGUUGUUCUUAUUGGUAAAAAUCCACAUUUCUCUAAACAUUCUUUGCAGUCAGAUUGUGCCUUUAUUAAGGGCUCAGAGUUAAGUCUGGUUGUAUUGCUCAGUAAUUUUAGAUUAGUUUUUAGUAUAUAAAUAUCACAAAGAUGUUGAAGAUUUUAUGAGAAAUGUGAUAAUGCUUUUAAGUGAAGGUAUUACUGGGAUUAAAAUUAGUUGGAUUGAAGUUAUUGUGUGUUGGAGAAAAUGUUUCAUAUCUUUCAGAGGUGUGCUUCAAAUACGUAACAACUCAAAAUGUCUUAAUCACCUGAUACUUGUGAUAUGUAUUAAGAGAUCACAAGGUUAAUAGUCUCAGCACUCAGAUACACAGGCAACACUUUGUUACAGGGAGUGAACACCAGAGGUACAUGGUUUUUUUCUGCUAUUGCUAUGAUUGUUCAUUUUUUACAAAAAAGCUUAAUUAAUACCAAGUGAACUUCCCUGUGUAGCUUAUUCUUCUAAUCUAGUGUUCAAAUGUUUCUGUGUAGAAAUUCCUAAUAUUUUUUCCACACUUUUCCCUGAUAAAUAAUGUCCAAAUUAAUCCCUUCACUAAACACUAAGGAAAAAGAAGGAAAGGAAGAAGCAGGGUAGGAAAUUAUAAACAGCCAGACAAGUAUGAAAAAAGACAAAGAGCACAAGGCACUAUGUGUAUUCAAAAGAAUCAACCAAACAUUAUGUGGUCAGUGUAUUGCAAAAAAGAUAUAGGGAGUAAGUAAAACAUACUUCAGUGGAACAGAGAAAUACAUUUUGACACACAAAAGAAUAAGCCCAAGUCUGGAAAGGCAGAAAGAGUGGGAAACUGAUGAAAGUGUCAGAGAUGGAGUAGAUGGGAGGUUUUUGUCGAGAGACUGUCUAAACCAGUUUAGGAAGGAGAAAGAGGAAGGACUACAACAUCUGAGGCUCUAUAUCCCACAGGAUUAAAAAGAGUAAGUAACGCUGUUUGGAGACAUAUUUUCAGUAGCUGUAUAUUUUUGCUUGCACUUACAUUUAUUUUCCCAGAAAUUUUCUGUGCCACACAAAGCAUAUCAGUGAAGACGCUGAUGAUGAAAUGCAAAAGAGUUCACUACUGCAGAACUGAAACGGAACUGAUGACUAUGAAGUCAGCCAUACAGUCUGAAAGAUAAGUCUUGAGAGAUGUUUAAACCAUUCAUCACUGACAGCUAGCAGUGAUAGUGAGCUUUCAAGGAAGGCUUUUGUAGAAAAAUGGAAUUGAGUUCUAUUUCAGCAGUCAUGACUAUGUGGUCCCACUUAUUUUUGCUACUUGAGAGUUGUAUUUGCAUACAUGAAGGAGUCCCAGUAAUUUCUCAGCUUCUGAGACUACUACAAGUCUAUCUGAUGUUCAUAUUUUAUCUAAAGAAGAGUCAAGAUUAUAUGAAAAUACGUAAUUUAAAUUGCUGACUUGAGAGUUAUUGCUCAUUCCUUCCAUGUUGAAGUUGCAUUUUUCUCCAUAUUUAAGGAAUUUUGCUCUGUUUCAGGCAUUUCUUAAACUUAUCAUCCUGCUAGAGCUCAGAUUUUCUGAGUUUUCUACACUUGGCCCUAUGCCUUGGUCACUCACAUGACACAUGACUAAGUACUUGCAUUUUUAUAUUCUGAACUGGAACCAUCACCAGCCUCUGUACAAAUGUCUGGCUCUGGACAGAGGUGUGUCAGUGACCAUGUUUAGCUUUUCAGGUAUUUUCUCAUGUGUGGAACUUGGCUAGGUCAGGUGAGCUCUGACCUCUCAUUGAUGGGGCCAUGAAAUAUACUUCUGUACCACAUGCAAGCAUACAGUGCUUGGUGUUCUGGAGCAAGCUAGUGUCUGGUUAGGUGACCUGUUGGAAAACUUCCCUGGGAACCUUACCUGUCUAGACUGACUUGUUACGAAGGCCAGUCUGGUUAAGUGCAUUAUUUUGACAAACCUGUGAAGCAAUGUUGUUGCUAACAAAGUAAUCUGCCAUGUUUACACUUUAAGAAAUAUUAUAAUGUUCCUGAAAGUUGAGAGAAAUAGUUUUGGUUUGCUUUUUUUGUUUGUUUUGUUAUUCUUUUUUUUUAAGUACUAGAAAAUAAAGGUUAAAUUGUGUUGUAUUUAGACAAAGGACACAUCCUGGGGAGUACAGCCAGUGAAUAAAAGCUGUCUUACGGCAUGUUUCAUCAUGUAGAACUGAUAAAGCUGAUGAUGAGGAUGAUGAAGAUCUAAUGGUGAAUAAAACAUGGGUCCUUGCACCAAAGAUUCAUGGUGGUGAUGUAACUCACAUACUGGAUUCCUUACUUCAAGGAUAUGACAAUAAGCUUCGGCCAGAUAUUGGGGUGAGAACUACAGUAAUUGAAACAGAUGUCUAUGUCAACAGCAUCGGUCCAGUUGACCCAAUCAAUAUGGAAUACACUAUAGAUAUCAUUUUUGCCCAGACUUGGUAUGACAGCCGACUAAAGUUUAACAGCUCAAUGAAGGUGCUUAUGCUUAAUAGCAAUAUGGUUGGAAAAAUUUGGAUUCCAGACACUUUCUUCCGGAACUCAAGGAAAUCUGAUGCUCACUGGAUUACAACUCCAAAUCGUUUGCUUCGAAUAUGGAGUGAUGGAAGAGUAUUAUACACACUAAGGUUGACAAUUAAUGCCGAAUGUUAUCUUCAGCUUCAUAAUUUUCCUAUGGAUGAACACUCCUGUCCUCUGGAGUUUUCAAGCUAUGGAUAUCCCAGAAAUGAAAUUGAAUACAAGUGGAAGAAAACUUCUGUUGAAGUGGCAGAUCCAAAAUACUGGAGAUUGUAUCAGUUUGCAUUUGUAGGGCUACGAAAUACAACUGAAAUUUCUCAUACCUUGUCUGGUGAUUAUAUCAUUAUGACAAUAUUCUUUGAUCUCAGCAGACGUAUGGGAUAUUUUACAAUUCAGACAUACAUUCCUUGUAUACUGACAGUUGUUCUUUCAUGGGUGUCAUUUUGGAUCAAUAAGGAUGCAGUUCCUGCAAGGACUUCUCUGGGGAUCACGACGGUGCUGACCAUGACAACACUGAGUACAAUUGCCAGGAAGUCACUCCCAAAGGUUUCCUAUGUCACAGCAAUGGACCUUUUUGUUUCAGUUUGCUUUAUUUUUGUGUUUGCUGCCUUGAUGGAAUAUGGCACCUUACACUACUUUACCGGCAACAAAAAAGGGGACAAAGGAAAAGAAAAGAAGGCAAAAUCUAAGCCAUCAAAACCUCCUGCACUUGCUGUUCGACCUGGAUCAACACUAAUUCCAAUUAAUAACAUUAAUCAUCUCCCUGAACGUGAUGAUGAUUAUGGAUAUGAGUGCCUAGAAGGAAAAGACUGUGCUAGUUUCUUUUGUUGUUUUGAAGACUGCCGCACAGGAUCUUGGCGAGAAGGAAGAAUACACAUCCGUAUAGCAAAAAUUGACUCCUAUUCUCGGAUCUUCUUUCCGACUGCCUUUGCAUUGUUCAAUCUUGUUUACUGGAUUGGCUAUCUUUAUCUGUAAAUUUCAGAGGUUUGACAAACUCAGAAAAAAAUAUUAAUUGAACAGUCAUUAAUACUUUUAACUGAGCAAAGAUUAGAGCUGGUCCAAAAUGACUCAAAUUGUUUGUAUGCUUUAAAAAUUUGAAACAAUGAGAGGAAAUAUGAUGAUGUAGUCUCCCUCUUGUGAUCAGCUGUAGAACUGAUACUGGUAUUUUGAAGAGAACAUUUUAAAAAAUAUCUCUAAGAUUUAUCUGUCCUGAGCACACAUACAUACAUUUUUUUUCCAGCUCUAAGAAAAUGCAGAAUCACAGGCUAUUUAACUGGACCAUCCUACAUAAGCUCUCAAUUUUAAUCCUAAAUGAUAAUGCAGAAGGAUUUUGUAGCAUCUCUUACACCUUUACAAAGAAAGCCUUAAUUAAAUAGGAUUAGUUACUCUCAUCCAUUUCAUCCAUAAGGUGAUGAUUUUUUAAUCCCUAUUUUUAAAAAGUUGAAAUGUAACAUUUCUCUUUUCAAUCAGCCAUUUGUUCUCUCCAGUAUGUUAAAAAGUGUGAUUAGAUGAUAAUUAAUCAAUUCAGAUUUAUACAGAAUGCAGAUAUUCUGUCUGCAGAAUGGAUGGAUAUAUCAAAACACCUAAGAGUAAUUCUGAGCUUGUCUUAUCCUGACCAUGGAUACAGACCUUUGGCUUUCAACCUUAGAUUGCAUUUAUAUCUGUGCUCCAUUUCCUGUUACUUCAAUGUUGUGAGUUCCCUGAAGUUGUCCACGAGGUCUACAGCUUUCAGAAAUUCUUAUCCAGCUGCCAUUGCUUGUUCAUUUCAUGGAAAACAAGACUGAUGUUGGCCAAGAUUCUGGCCAUUAAGCAUAAUGAUCUUCACAUACUCAGUGUUGGAGAAAAAGUCAUAACCCUACUUUGGGAAGAAUUUGUAUCAAUAGAAUUUGGAAGGCCUGUAACAGUGCUAUAGCCAUUGUACUCAAAGUCACUGUGUUAAAUUCCCAGUCCUACGAGUGCAGUGUGUGACCUGCUCCACUUUGCACACAGCAGGGUUCUGUGGAUUCGGUUUGUUACUGCACAUGCUGCUCACUGAGCCAAAGCCAAGUGGUAUUAAUGUAUUGAACGUGUGGUAUGGAUUGCUGGGGAAUUACCUGCUUGGUAUUUGUUUUUUUCUAAUGGAAAAGACGUGUUAUGGAGGGGGAGUUAACAUAAUCCUUAUGCAUUGCAGAACCUUCUCCAAGAUAGGAUACAUUUCCCCAAAAUCAUAGCACCAGUUCUCCAUCCUCUCUGUGGAGAGCUUUGGUAGAAAUCCUUCAGUAGUUGUCUUUCUGGAGUGACUUCUUGGUGUGGACUGCUGCUGGCUGGAAGCAUUUGGUAUCUCCUUUCUAUUUUAAAUCCAUUGUCUUCAUUAUGGAAAAGUACAGUCUUUCCUCCUUUCUCAUAAAGUAACUGGUCUCAAGUGAGCUUGCAAAAAUCACUGUAAAAUUAAGAUAUGCUUUAAGUAAAAGUCAGCAUUACACAGAAGACCUUACAGAUAUUUAAAGAGGAUUAAUGGGAUUAGCAUUUGGCUGUAGGUAAGGAUGUUCAGUACUAAAGAUAAAGACAUGAUUAAUAGCUAAGAAUAGAAAAUGUUACAUGAAGGGCUCCCCCUACCCCCCCAAUAUUUCUGUUGAAUAUCCUCCCUCCUCUGAAUUUCUUGGAAAGGAUUACUGUUUUUAUAGUCUAGUUGGUACUAGACAUAGUAAAAUAUGAUAUACAAUACACAUUUCAGAGGAAGUGUUACUCCAGUGUUGAGCUCCAAUGUUCUCUAUUAGAGAAUGUGGGAUUAUGUGCAGUUGUACUGGAAAGAAGUGUGACAGAAGAUCCAGUUUUAAUUAAAUUGGACUUUAUUUCAGUAUUUAGCUGAUGAAACAUAGGAGUUGCUGAGAGAAUGUGAAAGCCCAGGUGAUGAGAUGGCAUUAUUUGUGACCUUUCUGAGAACCAAGCUCUUCUGACUGUUGGACUGAGCGUAGAAGUGCAAUAUCAUUAACAACACUGAUCUGCUAUAAUUUAUUGUUUUUUUAGAGUCUCAUUUUCAUAAAAUGUUCAGUCCAAAAGAAACAUGUCAGUUUUAGUUCCAUAAUGUAGGUUGAUGCUUGUUGGCAGCAUGCUGAACACAUUUCUCUGUAGGAGGGAUGAAGGUGGCUUCAGCAGUAUGUUGGUAAUGUGCAUGAAAACCAGUCAGCUUGCUGUACAAUGCAAGGCCCAGAUUUAGUGAGUUCCUGAGUUUCAUUAAUUCACCUUUAAACAAAGGAAACUUAAAAGAAGUUGGCACUUCACGAGAGGAAAUAAAAAUUUCACAACCUGCUCUCCUCUGGCUCAUCUAGUUAGCUUUUUCUAUUCAUGUGGUCGUCAGUUGCCAAUCAGCCUUCUGUGACUGAAUUGGAGAACAGAAAACAUUCAGAAUUGGCAAGGGAUGGAUAAGAAGUCUUUCAUCUCUAAUUUCUAUGGAACAAUGCAAUGGAGUAUUAAACCUAUUGAAUGUUAUGGCUGUUUGGGUUAUGGAUACUCUGGCUUCUGUCUGUUGACAAACUUUUCUGUGUACUUAAUUUGUUUCUGAUGAAAUAAUUUUAGUUUCUCAUAAUACUAUGACUGCAAAUAGGAAUGAGAAUGCAGUGAACUGUAACAUGGCAUGUAAUAAAUGUGUUAUUUUACGCCUAUGUAUUUUCUUUCUAAUCUGGAUAUAAACACUUGAUUUCAAGAAAUCUGAGUGAUAUUUUAGAAAAUGGCAAGAAACAGACAGUAUAAAUAAUUGGAGUUAGAUGCUGCAGUCAUUUUCCAAACUUACCUGGAUAAAAAGUUUGUUUACUCUUACCUGGGAUCACAUUUUUUGGGAGUCAUAUUAUUCUGACCAUCACUGCAUAAGCACACACUUAAACAUAUUCCUAAUUAGUACUGUUACUAGACCAGAAUUCAGAAAAAAGAAUGCUUAGGUAUUGUCAUAAAGAGUGAUGCUAUCAUGAAUUGAUGCUGUUAACAUAUACUUCAUUUACACUAAUUUCAAUAAUGAAUGUUCAGUAGCUCAAAUAAUUGAACAUUAAGGAUGUGAGCCAGAGCCUUUUCAAUAAGAGGUUUUCUCAUUGAAAGAGAGGGACAUAAGAGGAGAAAUUGCUGUAAAGGCAAAAAUGUAAUAAAAUAAAGUGGAAAUAAAAUAAAGUGGAAAAAUUCUGGGAAAACUGUUUUAUACUACACCUAUCUUUGGCAUCUCUUGAAAUGUAUUUUUCAAAAAAGAGACUUUUCCUUGCUAUUUCUGUAUUAGCGUUUACCACUUGUCUGUUUUAGUAGUGAGGUCAUUGUGUUAUUUUUUGGUAAGGUUCUGUCUAUGAUUGUACCUCACUGAUCUUCAGUGCAUGUCUUCUGGGUCUGAGUGGAUCUGUUUUAUGUAGUGGCAGUGCAACCAAAGCAUGAACUCUGGGUAACGUAUUUUGUAUUCACACGUUGAUGUGCUUCAAAGACUUUAACCUUAUCUGGUUUUCUGGAGUCAGAGAUAUAGGAUUGUGUAAGACUUUGAAGGAGAAUCACCUCCAAUAGUAUUUUUAUAACUUUCUGUUCUUAAUUUGGUAUGGUAGUAAAACAUUUGUUUAAAAUUGAUAUAUGAACUGUGCUUUGUAAUUUGUGCACACCUUACAAUUGAAAGCUAACAGGAGGAGUCUGGAUCUUGAUAUCUAUCUGCCUAAAGUAAGAUGUGUUUUAUUUAAUUGUAUCAGUCAUAAUUUCUGUCUACUGUUUCCAAAU